AUGGCAUCAAUCACUGAGUAUGCAACAACAUCUGAUGAUGAAGAAUCUCUUGAAGAUGAAAAAACAAUCGGUGGAUCAUUUCGUAAUGGUGAAUUUCAAGGAAGACUUUUUAAAUGGACAAAUUACUUGCAUGGUUGGCAAGAAAGAUAUCUUGUAUUACGACAUGGAUUUUUAAAUUAUUAUAAAAAUGAAUUUGAUAUUACUCUUGGUUGCCGUGGAGCUCUAUCUGUAAAACAAGCUACGAUUCAGCCUCAUGAAUUUGAUGACUGCCGUUUUGAUAUUCGUGUGAGCGAUUCAGUAUGGUACUUACGUGCACACAAUUCUGAUGAUCGUGAACGAUGGAUGCACGCCUUAGAAGAUCAUAAACAAUUGUGUAAAAGUGAAUCCGGUUAUGGAAGUGAAACAAGUUUAAGACGGUAUCCAAGUCUAGGAUCAUUAGCAUCGACAGCUAGUGCUGGUGUUACUUCAACUGGUUCAUUCAGAAAAGAUCGUAGUCUUAAAAUAAAAUUAAGUGAAUUAGAAACAUAUCGUGAAUUGCUUGCACAGCAAGUUGCAACAUUACAAACCUAUUUUGAUGCAUGUGCUAAUGCAGUAACAAAAGGUUUUGAACCGUACCAAAAAGAAUAUGAAAAUUUACAGGAUUUAGAUUUUGAAGAACCAUUAGAUAAAAUUCAUGGUACACCGACAUCAUUAUCAAGUCAAGUAGUUAAAUCUUCACCAUCAAAACUGAGUUCGAUUUUUAUAUUUUAUCAAUGUUUUAUAUUUCUUAAUAAAUAUUUAGGAAUUGAUAGAUCUGCACUUGGUGAUCAUGCAGCUAUGGCUGUUGAUUUCAAAGGCGAAGCUUUGACAUUCAAAGCAACGACGGAUGGAGUAAUUCAUAAUUUAACAUUCUCUAUUGAAUUAAUGCAAAAACGAGAAGAGACUUGGAGAAUAAAAUAUGAAAAAGAACUCGAACGUAGAAAAAAAUUUCAAGAUCUGUACACUAAUAUAGUCAAUCAAAAAAUUCCUGCGCUGGGCUCGCCAGAUGCUGAGGAAGGUCCUCAUAGUACAUUGAAAGAAGAUGAGUUUUUCGAUGCCAUUGAUCAAUCGCUCGAUCGACUCGAUCGUGAAGCUGACGAUUUUCAACGUUCAGUGACAUUGUCUUUCACUUCAUCGAAGUCGUCCGUUAACCACAGCUCCACAUCAAAACGAUCUAUAACAUCAGAUAUGACUAAAAAUACUUCUACAAAAAUAAAUGAUGCAGCAGUUGUUUCGACACCAAACGAUGGAAAUACAUCGGUCAACAGAAAACAUCGAUUAGCUUAUGAUGUUGAACGUGUUGUUCAAGAACAUUUAACAUAUGUUCGUGAAGAAAUUAGUGACGGAUGGGAUUUAAUACAUCAAGAAGGUGAAAUGAAAGUAUAUCGACGUGAAGUUGAGGAGAAUGGUAUUGUUGUUGAUCCAUUGAAAAUCUUUCAUUCUAUGAAAGGUGUGACUGGUCAUGAAAUUUGUCAGUAUUUUUGGGACUAUCAGUAUCGUAUGGAAUGGGAAACGACACUUGACUCAACGAAAAUUAUUGAAGUAUUAGAUCCAGAUACGGUUAUCUUCUUCCAAAUGCAUAAACGUGUGUGGCCAGCAGCUCAACGGGACUCAUGUUUUUGGUCUCAUAUUCGUUGUAUAUCAAACUCUGAAGAAGAUCAACCGACAUGGCUUGUUGUUAAUUAUACUACUCCACACCAUCUUGCACCAAUAAAAUCACCUCAUGUUCGCCUUGUUGCUAAUGUCGCUUUGAUAUGCGAAACCAUUAUUAAUGAACCACCACUAAAUAUCCAAGAUAUUAAACGAGAAAAUAUUGAAUGUAAAUUGACGUAUGUUGCUUUCGUCAAUCCUGGUGGAUGGGUACCCAGUGCAGCCCUGAGAAGUGUGGCUAAACGUGAAUAUCCUCGUUUUCUUAAACGUUUCACAAGUUAUGUUCUUGAGCAAACUCGUGACAAACCUAUUCUAUUUUGA